UAUUUUGCGUUUCCCAAUACUCUUGAAUCAGGAAAGCAGGAAUGUGUCCCUCUGGGAAGUGAGCUUUUAAAAACCUGGGAAUUUCCAUGUGUGAAGUGGCCAGUGUAGAUAAUGGAGCAAUGAUGAUGGGUUUCUACAGGUCGGACAGGAUUUGGUGUCCCGAGAAGGGGAAAAUGGCCCACAAGGUGCAGUUGGAAGAGAAGCUGCUGUCCCACUUUGAGAGGCACGAGAUCCAGGUGCAGUUGCCUGAAAGUGGGCAGACUGUGAAACUGAAGGUGAGGCCCAAUGACAACAUGAAGCACAUUCGAGUCCAUUUAGUGAAACAAGGAAUCACCUCCUGGAAGAUGGUCUUCACUUACAAAGGGAAACAACUGGGAGAAAACGAGACGCUGGAAGUAAAGAAGAUCAGAACUGGAUCAGUGCUGAUGCUGGUGAAGAAAGAUGUGUCCCCAUGAAACGGGAGGUGUGACGAAAAUCCCAUUCAAGCCCUGUGACCCAUCUGCGUGGGUGAUGGAGCCUCUAUCAGAGUGGCAGAGGGUGGCCGUGGGUGUGGAAGGCAAAUCGCUCUGAGGUGACUGUUCAAUGCAAUGAAGGCUGCGUCUAUUGAGCACCAACCAACCAAGCUGUCCCCUUCCAACAAAGGUUGCGGCAGCUAUCACUGGGCUCGGAGGAAGGGAGGAAGCAGCGCAACCUGAAAUGGGAACUUUUGUGACACGAGCGUCUGCUUGAGCUACAGCGCAGAGCACAUGACCCGGGAGACCCGCUUCGGGAACCAUCGGAUCAUUGUUCGUCCACCAGCUCGGGUGCAGAUCCCUGACUGUCCAGCACCUUGGGACGUCUUCCUGACGUGAAAGGCACUACACAAAUGUUGCUGUUGUGUGACCUGAAUCAUCAACAUAACGUGUACUGGCGAACAUUCCUACCCCCCCAAAAGAGUUCAGCUGAUUCCUCACUUCAUCGCUGUUUAUGGGACCCUGCUGAACGACUGCCUCAUUUGACCUAAAUAAUGUGGCAUUUUAAACACCGAUGUCUUAUUUAUUUUGUUCAUUCAAUUCAGUCUUUGGUUUAGGUCCCAUCUGACGUGGUGAUUAAGGCGUACAUUGAGGGAAAACUACUGCCAUAAUAAUAAUAAUAAUCCUUGCAUUUGAUGUAGAAACUUAUCACAUCAUUGAGAUGUCUCAAAGUGCUUCACAGAAUAUACUGUGGCAUGAAUUGACUGUAUAUUUUGUGGGCGAAAGAGAGUGAUGAAUUUUUCCUCCUGUUUCCUGGUUUGCCUUCCUUCCUCAUUCCAAAUUCAGGCCCCAGGUCCAAAUGAACUGACUACUCUCGUAGACGGCUACGCUUUGAGGAUGUAGUGGGUGCAAAUCAGCUCUCAGAUUUGCCUCCAGACCAGCUUUCAUUUAAUUUCUAACUCAUCAUGUUCUGUAAUGCGCUUCCUCUUAGGUGAAAGGCACUUUAAUGUGAAAUAAUCCUCGCAGAAUAACAGCUCCUGUUGCUUUUAAAAAAACAGCUGGCAUUUUGAUACAGCGCCCGUCGCAUCUGGAGGAAUUCUCGAAAUGUUUCAUAGCAUUUAAUGUGACGUGAGGUGACUGUGUGUAAUUUGUAGCGGACGAUGGAAGCCAAUUUGCACAUGGCAAUGUCCCAUAAACAACCUCAAAGUGAAUGAUCAUUUGUAUCAGGGGAAAACGUUAGCCAAGACUCCGGGAUAAACUUAGUCUUGAAGCGCUUCACGGGAUUUUACUGUGAAGUGUAAUGACUGUGAAUUUUGUAUGAGAUGGCUGUUUGAUUUCACCAGCAAAGUAAAGUCAAUCUGUGAAUCA